AUGUCACGCGAGCCAUCCUCUCCUACCACCCCUAUCAGGCCUUCCUUCCAAACCGUCCCCACAACCCGCAUCAUUCGCACUUAUGAGGAGAUCAGAAUCCCAGUCAAGACUGAAGAGGUAUACCCCGAGCUUGAGUGUACUAUCUGCACCCAUGUAAUGGGUGCCCCGCAGUCUUUGGUCCCUUGUGGGCAUUCUUUUUGUGGCCCAUGCAUUUGGGAAUGGAUAAAGACCCAGAACGCGCAGACUCCACCGACAUGUCCUCACUGUAGAAGUCCGAUCGACCUUUCGAGGCCCAUCAUCCCAAACAUCCUCGUCGACCAGAUCAUCGACCGCAAGCUGCAAAAGUUGGAGGACAAGCCAGAGAAAGAAUCGUUAAUUGUCGAUCGCCAGGGAAAACUAAAGGAAUGGCGUGAGAUCCUCUCUACGCUGCCUCAGCCCAGCCGCGCACCCCCUGCGGGCACACGCCAGAACGCUGCUCCCCUCCCAUCCAUCGUCGACGUUGACAACCGUCGCGCCUCCCGUCACUUUCCAGCACUUGGCGCUCCUGUCGAUGUUGGUGUAUCUGUCCCCAUGGUACAAUUCAACGACCACGGCCAGAUCAUCAACACUAACGACCCGGCUUUCCAGCUACGGAUGGGGCAGCUCCGGUCCCGGGCGCUGGACAACCACUUGUUGGCGAGGGACCAAGAGUUUGCUGCGUCACAGGCGACGAUGGAGGGAGCGAGGACUAAUCAUGGCACUGUGAGCCAGCCUAGUGCAGGUAGCGGCGGUGGUGUGGCAGAACAGCAGAACGGCGGCGGUGUCGCGCUGGGUGCCCAUCACGCGAGCAGCCAUGCCAGCGGGCCCGAACCAACCCGCCGCCGUUCCAGACUUUCAAUCGAUAGCGGCCGCCCUUACCCUCGAGAAAGGACGUCUACCACCAACGAACCACCUCAGUCUCCUCAGACUGCUUUACGCCAUGCUACCGCCAACGCGGCAGCUAGACGUAUCGCCUUAGGAAGAUCUGAGCACAGGCCCAUUGAGUUGUCGGACAGUGAAGGAGAGUGA